AUGAAGUGCUUAGUAUUUAUUUGUGCUGCAUCUCUGGUAACUUUGGCGACAUGUGCGCCCGGAACAGAAAUUAGAGAGAAGCGGUCACCUAUGGGCCCACCUGCGAACCGAGGACCACCAGCUAACAGGGGCCCACCUCCCAAUCGAGGACCUCCUCCGAACCGAGGACCUCCUCCAAACCGAGGACCUCCUCCCAAUAGAGGACCACCAAACAAGGGACCCACAGAAAACGAAUAUUAUGAUCAAGGCCCUGUGAACAAUGGACCUGGAAACAAUGGUGUGACAGAAGGUUAUCAAAAUCAAAAUCAAGUCACAAAUAAACCACAAGACAAUGCAAAUAAAGAACAAAUUGUAGCUGUUUUGCAAGAAUUUAUAGGUGAUCGUUUUAAUAGUGGUACUACAGGUAUGGUGGUACUAAUAUUUUUUUUAUGUUAUUUAUUUAUUUUUGUAAAUUGUACAAUUUAUUUUAAAAUGAUAAUAUAG